CACUUCUUCAUCAACCGGCUUUAAAAACAUCCUUCAGAAACCGACACCAUGGGCGUGGGCGUGGAAGGCUGCACGAAAUGCAUCAAAUACAUGCUCUUCUUCUUCAAUUUCAUCUUCUGGCUGGCUGGUUGUGUAAUCUUGGGGGUUUCUCUCUGGCUCCGUCAUGACACUAAAACGAGCAGUCUUCUGGACCUGAAGUAUGAGGGAACAGAAUCACCCACCACUUUCUACAUCAGUGUCUACAUCUUGAUUGCCGUCGGCGCUGUGAUGAUGUUUGUUGGAUUUCUUGGAUGCUAUGGAGCCAUUCAGGAGUCCCAGUGUCUUCUUGGAACCUUCUUUGCCUGCCUGGUCCUUCUUUUUGCCUGUGAGGUUGCCGCUGGAAUCUGGGGAUUCAUGAACAAAGACAAGAUCUCCAAAGAGGUAAUCGGUUUCUAUGACUCUGUGUAUGACAAAGGCGCUACCUACAACACUGACAACAAGAAUCCUGCCACUGCUGUCCUAAAGGUCUUUCAUGAGACUCUUCAGUGCUGUGGCAAAGGAAACCUUUUUACAGCCAUUGUUGAUAGGUGGCUCACUGACACCUGUCCUGAACAUUUAAGAACAAAUGCUGUGGACUGUCACACCGAGAUCAAGAAUCUUUUCACUGACAAGAUCAGCCUGAUCGGCAUCGCUGCCCUGGUUGUUGCUGUAAUCAUGAUCUUCGAGAUGAUCUUCAGCAUGGUGCUUUGCUGCGGCAUCAGGAACAGCCCUGUGUAUUAAAACAAGGGCAAGAUAUGACCUUUAAAACAUCAGCCAAAAAAAAUCGUUUUGUUUUAUAUCUACCAUCUCCUAUUUUGUUUUGUAUCUCCCAUUGUUUCCUAAUGUAGUCGCUCUGUCCAAUUCCUGAAGUCGCAGAUCAACUUUUGUGCAUUUUAUUUGUCGAAAAGUGGCGGUGGAACCACCAACAACUAGUCUGCUAUCGUUUACGCUGUAGUUGGUGAUGGCUAGCUUUAGCAGUAGACUUAUAAACACACAGAGUACAUUAUCACAUGAAGGAUGGAUACAUUUAUUUGCUUGUAGUUUCUUUUUGUGUGUUUUAACUGUUAAGUACCGCUAUUGCUUUGGGGUUACUAUUAUUCUUUUUUCGUAUGUAUAAACUGUAUAUAUUUGCAGGCCUGUACGGCUCUUAGCAUGAACCUCAUACUGAACACUCUUUUCCAUCUUCCUCUCUGUUUGUAUGUACUCGACUCUUCCUGAGAAACCACUAAAUAAACAGUGUUAGUUAGGUGAGAGUAAGCUAGAAUACGGUGCUUUUUUGUUGGAAAUGAGAGUACAAGGAUUAAGAAUGUUUGAAGGCCCAGGUAUAUGUAAUUUCCUGAGUUCAGUCUUCCGCAUUGUUGAAGGACACUUCAUUAUGAGCAAGCAGAUAAACGCAUUCGGCUUGUGCGACCAACCUAGUGGACCACUGGUUUCAAGUGUUCAAAUCACUCCCACAGUAGCACAAUUGGCCUGUGCACAUGCUGUCCAUGAGGCUGAACUGGACGUGGGCAAGGGAAGUAUACUUUCCGCUCAGUUUGGCCAAAUCCCAGUUGACACCCCUGAUGGCAACAGCCGUUUUAAGUGCACAAGACCACAAGUGUAGAUGAAGUGUGCCAUUUGAGAUUGGGCCUUUAUAGAAGUUGAUGAGCACUGUGUUGUUUGCUUUUUGCACCAUUCCUCUUUCAGUAGAGCUCAGUGAGGGCAAAUCUUUAUGAUAUAAUGAGUAGUAGUGUAAGUCAGUGGCUUUUUGUGACAUAAUGUUGAUCAAUUUUGCCUGUUUUAAUUUUUUUUCCAAACAGUUCGGACUGAAAUACUUUUUUAAAGUAUAAAAAUAUAUACAGUAUAAUAUUGAAGUUGGUGGUUAACAUUUAUUUUUUAAAUGCAUGUUAAUAUUGUUACAUAGAAAGCUAUACAUUUGCAAAGUUAUACUCGACUUUAGUCUAAAACCUUACAAUAAACAUCAAAAUUAUUACUCAUAUAUGCUUUGGAGUAAUAUGCUUUAAUAGUAUUUAAUGUAAGUACUUUCAAGUGUGUAUUUUGUUUUUAUUUUAGGUGCCUCAUUGGUAAAGAAUCCAAAUUAGUUGUUUGUUUGUUCAACAUUAUGCCACAAGCGCUGUCUGAUAAGCGUUGAACCUGGAAUUUUCCUUUUAAAGGUGCUGAUCUUUCAUCAUUCAGUGAAUUCGGAGCUGUGUUCUUCCUUACUAAUCUUACCAUUUCUGCCAUUUAAAGACAGGCAAUAAUAUUAAAGGGAUAAUUCCCUCAAAUAUUAAAUCCACCAUCAUUUAAUCAGCCUUGGCUUGUUGAAAACCUAUUCAGGUUUCUUCUGUUGAACACAAAAGAAGUUACUUUGAAAAACACCAAAUUGACAACCAUGGUAAUUUUUAUUAUAUGGAAGUUAAUGGGUGCCCAGUAAGUGUAACAGAGGCCAGCUAGUUAAGGGCUGUGCAGGUAAACCUCACUCCUCUUAACCUCUAAAGUUGUUCUAGCGACAGAGGCCAUGGUCUUUAGCCUCCUUGUUAGAGCAACCGACUUCCAUGCGGAGAGUUGCCAAUGUUUGAUCCCAGCUCGGAGAAGGUUAAGCUCUGUAGGACCGACGGGGUUAUAUAAGCAUCAGUCUUCACAAUAAUAUCUUUAGUGUUCCACAGAGGAAACUUACAAAGGUUUACAACCACAUAAGAAGUAAACUAUGAGGUAAUUUUCAUUUUGAAUUCAGAAAGUGUGUUUCUUAUAUGUAUGUGAGACCACAUAGGUGAGAGAGAGCUGAUAAAUAUCUACAACCUCCUGAUGCUGAUUAAGCUCAAUAUACAGUGAUGUAAUGUGUUUUUCUGCAUGUCCGUUAUACAAGGUGUUGGACUUAUGUACUGCCCCGGUCACUAAAGUUCUGCCCCUCGUUACAGUAAGCCAAGCCAUAGAGAGGAUUCAUACAUACAGUACCUACUAGCCUUAUAACAUGAGACACCCUAUCCCUUAAUCACUUAGAUAGCAAAUCCAGGUCGAUUCUGAUGGAAUCGUCUAUGCUGUCAUUGCUGUUAUGUGCUACAAAAUCACUAGACUAGAAAACCCAAGGAUGUUUGUGUGAAUGUACACGUGUGAUAUCUGUUGACGGUGAGCUCAGAAGGAUAAACUCUGUUGUUGAUACGAUAGACAAGCUCUUUACUCUUCACUGCCACCUCUAUCACAGAUGUAGAGUCUGUAAUACCAUGCCAUACUCGCUAGGUGGCGUUCAAAUACUAUUCAACUGGUGUCUACGCCAUUUCUUAAGCCUGUGUACAUGAUUUUCGUGCACUUCUUCUAUCUAGACCUCACUAUUAGGACGCGCCCCAUCCUUGAUGAAUUAAUACCAUCAGAUUUGUGAUUUUACUACAUGCAUUAUGCAACCUUGUCUUGUUAACACAUUUUGCCUAUGCUGAUAUGCUUCAAAGUGUCUUGUAAUAUGUACAGCUAUAUAGUAUACUAAUUACCAUGUAAAGACAAUGUAUGCCUUUAAUUGUGAUAACUUUUUCUGGUACUUGUCAAAAAAAAAAAAAAAUGAAGAACCUCAGAAAUGAAGCAUGUAAGAAUUGUACGGGGUCCUGACAGGUUAAGCAUGAUCUCUAUCUAAUUAAUAACAUGAAGGAAAAUCUAAAUUAAAACAGUAUCCAGGUAUUUGAUCAUGUUUUUAAAUAUAGCAUUUGUGUUGAAAGGAUCUCGUAUUAUUUGAUACCCAAUUGGAAAGCUUGAACAUGAAUCUCUUUACCAAUUAUACCUAUUAUACAUUUUGGUCUGAUUUUGUUGCCCAAAUAUGUAGGAAUUAAAUGUAUUUUACAAAUAA